AUGUUCCCGUCAGACUCCAUUGACCUUAUCGAGACGAAUGUUCGCGUUGUAAACGGAUUCAGAACGGGGGCGCUGCUGCUUGACGGGUGCAAGGAUGUGGAAGGGGCCAACUUGUGUGCAGAGAAGGGGUACCCGGUGGCGAGCGCAGAGAAACCUCCAGCGACCUGCCUCGACCACAACGACGACGUAGCCAUCAAGUGCACCAACAGGCUCGCCGGCGUUGAGCCUGAUGCCGGCACCAUCCGUAUCGUGGGCCCCACGGGGACCCCGGCUCAGUCGGGCUUAGGCCGCUUGCAGUUCUACAACAAGGGUAUGUUCAACUUGAACUGUCAUGGGACGAGCUGA